ACAACGUCCAUUUUAUUUUUCAAACAGAAAGUAUAUAUAGAUGAACGAACUAGGAAAAAACCAAAGAGCACUUGGAAAAAAAUUUUCGGAGUUUUUCGGAGUCGGAGUCAUUAACAAUUUUCGGAGUUGGAGUCGGGUCGGAGUCAUUUUAAAAAAAUUUUCGGAGUCGGAGUCGGAAUCGGAGUCAUUAAGAAUUCUCGGAGUCGGAGUCAGGUCGGAGUCAUUAAGAGUUUUCGGAGUCGGAGUCGGAGUCAAAAAUGUUUGACUCCGCAGGUCUCUAGUGGGUGUGGGUGUGGGAUGUGGGGUGUGGGUGUGGGGUGGGUGUGGAUGUGGGUGUGGGUGUGGAUGUCGGUACGGCUGUGGGUAUGUGAAUCUGUGCGCACACCCACACUCACACCCUUCAUUUGCAUAACCGUCGAAGACUGAGUGCUUUCUUUUUCUUUCACCCUGCGAAAGAUUUUAUUUUUUCUCAUUUUUUAUAUUGUAUUCUACCUUCAAUUUAGUCCAUCGAUAGUUCAAGUCAAAUCUCAAUACUGCCGUGGAAUAUCACAGUAUGAUCGACGUUCAACAAAUCUUGCAUGUAGCUGCUUUUAUGAUGCUGAUGCCAAUAACGUGGGUCUUUGUCUUGACCGAUUUAUCGAGUGUGAGGAAUUAUUUGAAUGUGAUCCUGUGGAUAAUUCUUGUUACAAUCCAGAAGGCAGAUGUGUUCAACAUCCCAUAUGCAAUAAUAAACCUAUUUGCUAUCCAGUGUCAAGUUUCAAUCGUCAUUUAUGUCCACCCAGAGCAAAGGAUGCUCGUUGGGAACAACAAGGUGUUAUUGUUGCUGGAGGAUAUGGAGAAGGUAACGGAACGAAUCAAUUCAAAAAUUCACAAGGUUUAUUUUUGGAUGAUGAAGAAAACCUUUAUAUUGCUGAUGAAUUUAAUCAUCGUAUUAUGAAAUGGAAAGUGAAUGCAACAACUGGCCAAGUUUUCGCUGGUGGAUAUGGACAAGGAAAUGAAACUCAUUAG